AUGGCCGACCUAUACGAGCUGCUGCGUCCGAUCGUCGACGCGGCAGCUGCCAAGAAGCUGCCAGCAGCCGGCGGCGAGGCAGCCGCCGACGCGUCGGCGGAAGGGUCGGGCGGGGCGGCGGCGGCGCCGGCAGAGGGGGAGAACGGGCCGGCGGUGCAGCGGCCAGCGGCGGAGGGGGGGGUGGAGGAGGGGCCCGCGACGGAGCGGCCGGCGGCGGAGGGGUCGGCUGCGGAGGCAGUGGCGACGGAGGGGGCCGCGGCAGAGGGGCUGGCGGCGGGCGGCGGCGGCGGUGGCGGGCGGCCGGGAUGGCAUGAGAAAAACCAUCUGAGCUCGGAGGAGCUGCGGCAGCUCGCGGCGAUACGGGAGUCCGAGGGCGUCCCCGCCGCCGGCGACGAGGACGACGAGAGCGAUCUGGCGUCCGAGGUUUCGGGCGAUCUGGACGAUCUGGGGGCGAUCUCGGUGACCGAGGACGGGUCCAUCGUCGUCGGCGGCGGCGAUGGGGCGGCACCGGCGGCAGCAGCAGGGACAGAGUAUCGGAUGCCUGAGGGGCCUCUGAGGGUGGCGCUGAUGGGGGCCCCCAACGCGGGCAAGAGCACGCUGCUCAACAUGCUGCUGGGCUAUGACCGCGCGCUGACAGGCCCCGAACCCGGCCUCACGCGCGACGCGACGAGCGAGUGGGCGGAGUGGCGCGGGCUCGCGGUGCAGCUGGUUGAUACAGCGGGCUGGGCGCGCGGCCCGGCGGCGCUCGCACGGCACGACGACGCCGGGGGCGAGGUGGCGGCGCUGACUCAGGGGCAGGUGGGGGGGCGGGGGCGGGGGGACGUUGACGCGUGGCCGCUUCCGAUUUGA